AAAUGGGUUUGACCCAGGGAAUCACCGGGAGAGGCGAGGAGGACGAGAAGAUUGUGAUGACUAGGUAGGCUAUGAGAGCGGGGUGAACCCGAGCGAAAAGAGGGUAACUGGUCUUGCUGCCGACUGCCGAGCAUCGCCGAUUGGCUCACUGAAUUCUUCGAGUCUGGGGGCACCAGAAAAGUCACGUACACACUUGCCAACGUGUGCAGUUCUAGAAGCUGCGUCGCUGUAAGUAGCAACAGUACCUUGAUGAAGACAGUUAUCACAAUGCAUUUCAGUAUCAAGUGUGUGGUUGUCUUGUUGACACAAUUUGUGAGCGUGUUGCGAGGUGAACUUUUCACCUCAAAUGCUCACUUGCAAACAGCCCUCUAUGCAGAAAAGGAUAUUGCUUCAUUAUUGAAUUCAUACGUGGAGCAGGAACAGAUGAGACUGGAUAAAAUAAAAAAGCUGGCAGAUGACUACGACACUCAUAGCAACACAGCGCUAGAGAACAUCGACAGUUACCUAGGCAACCCGGUCAACGCGUUCCUGCUGAUCAAACGCUUCACGCUGGAUUGGGACCGCGAUGUCCUGCCCGUCGUCUCCAACAACUCGUGGGAUUCGAUGUUCCGCGAGAUAGAGCAGGCCCGCACUGACCUGCCCUCCUACGAGGACCUGAAGGGCGCGGCCUCGGCGCUCAUGAGGCUACAGGACACUUACUUGUUGGACACAUCAAAGGUCGCCCAUGGCAACCUGGGCGGGGUCAAGUCGCCAGAACUAACAGCCGAGGACUGCUUCGAGCUGGGCCGCAUCUGUUACAACGAGGGCGACUUCUACCACACCAAGCUGUGGAUGCAGCAGGCCUUGGUGGAGAGGGAGGUGCAGGAUGAGAAGAUGAAACAGGAGGAGGAGGCGGAGGCGGAGGAGGAAGAUUUGGUCCCUGGUGGAAAGAUUAUGGGAGAGGAGGAGGAUAUGGAGGACAUGGAGGACGAUAACUCGCUAAAAAAGAAGCGCGGGAGAGCGGAAAUGAUCGACUUCUUGGCGUUCGCACAUUAUAAGUCGUCGUGGAUGUGUCUGCUGUCCGAAUGCCCUCCCGCCGAGUGCUUCCUGCUGGGCCGACUGAGCUACGUGGACCAAGACUUCUACCACUCCAGUCUGUGGAUGCAGGCGGCGCUGGAGAAGGAAGGGGAGGAGAAGCUCAAGACGGUGAAACGGAUGGACGCUUUAGACUACCUCAGCUACAGCAAGGGAGUGCUCGGAGAUGUGACCCAAGCCUUGGAACUGACCAAUGAGCUGCUUAAGAUAGACCCCAAUCACGAGCGUGCCGUCAACAACAAGCGUUACUUCGAGGUCAUGCUGAGGGACCCCAAGCGUAAAGUCCCCGACCAGGAGCGUCCCGGCUAUCAGCUCAACAGAGACGAGUACCGCAACUCUAAGGAGUUCCUCACUUACGAGGCUCUGUGCCGCGAUGAGAUCACCACGCGUCCCAAGCACAGGCUGACGUGCCAGUACAGAACCAUCAACCACCCCAUACUGCUGCUGCAGCCAGCCAAAGAGGAGACUGUGCACUUUGACCCCUGGGUGGUGGUCUACCACGACGUGGUCAGCGACCAGGAGAUCCGCCAGAUCAAGCAGCUGGCUACACCAAGGUUGAACCGCGCCACUGUCCAAAAUGCCAAGACUGGUGCCCUGGAGACUGCAAGCUACAGAAUCAGCAAAAGUGCCUGGCUGAAGGGUGAGGAUCAUCCUGUGGUGGAGAAGCUCAAUCAACGCAUGCAAGCCAUCACCGGCCUUGACAUGGACACAGCAGAAGAACUACAGAUUGCCAACUAUGGGUUAGGGGGUCACUAUGAGCCACAUUUUGAUUUUGCUAGGAAAGAAGAAAAAGAUGCUUUCAAGUCUCUUGGAACUGGAAACAGAAUUGCAACAUUUUUAAAUUAUAUGUCUGAUGUUGAAGCUGGUGGUGCUACAGUCUUCCCUUACAUUGGCCUGAAACUCUUUCCUAAAAAGGGUAAUGCAGCCUUCUGGUACAACCUGUACAAGAACGGGGACGGCAUCUACAACACCCGGCACGCCGCCUGCCCCGUGCUGGUGGGCACCAAGUGGGUGGCCAACAAGUGGAUCCAUGAGCGCGGCCAGGAGUUCCGCAGACCCUGCGCCACGGGCGAGGACGAAUGAGAGCAGGACCGGCUAGGCACACACAGCUAGUUUGCUCAACAUUGUGGCUUGCAAACUCCACCCUAUAGGUCCCAGGAAUGUACACAUGUGACGUUAACAAGGAAAAAUUAAAGUAGUACUCGAAGGAAAAAUUAAAGUAGCACUCGAAGGCAUUAAAAAAAAAAAGAAAAUUAAUUAGACAUAUUUUUGGGAGGUCAAAAGUAUACAAGCAGGAAAUACUUUUGAAGAAUUGGCAUCUAUUGUUAUGAGUUUAUUUGACAAGCUGGCUCAUUAGACCAAUACAUUUUGGAUUGUGUCAUGAUUUAAAAAAAAUAUCAACCAGGAUAAUGCAUUUAUUUAGAGUCAUGGUUUGUCGAGAAAAGAUGCGUACUGAUUUUGAGUGAAAAAUGUUGCAUUCCUAAAAGAUUUAAUAGAGAUAAAAUCUUUGUUGUCUUGAGGAAAAGUGAUCAAAAUUUUUCUUUAAAAUGAACUUAAAAUACUUUUUAAACAUCACAUAUUUUUUUGCUAAAAAGUCUAUGAUAAUGAGAACGCUAGAAAAAAAAUUGAAAGAUACUUAAACUACCAGCACUCCCAACUCUUAAGGUGGAGUUAAAGUAAGCGAGAAUGGUGAACUAUUUAUUUUAUGUUUAAUCAUUGUGUACAGUAUGAAAAAGGGUGAAAAAAAAAAAAAUUAAAAUCCGUGCACAGAUUUCCGUCCUCACACUUUAUGAAAUGUUCUUGUGAAAAAAAAAAA